UUACAUACAUCUGACAGUAGGGGGCAGGAGCGCGCUAAACGAUUCCAACACUACCGGAAAAAGCUAGAAGAGGAAGAUAAAUGAAUAUAAAAGGAGGGAACCGAGCGUCUCACGUUUUGUUCUAAAGUAUGGCUGCGGGGUGGUUGUUAAACUUUACUUUAUUUUAAAGAAAGGAAUAGACCGUUUUAUUUCUCCAAAGCAGCCAUGAACACGUGGUGAAGGAUUUCUGCUGCACCAGCUUCCACAAAACCACUUUUAACAUUUCAGGUUUCAGAACCAACCUAACCCACAUUUUAAAAAUGUCUAUAAUCAUGCGAAUGCAAGGGCUGGAUGUAAAAGCAGGAGCUGAAGAUAUAAGGGAAUUCUUCAAAGAUCUCUACAUACCAAAUGGAGGAGUUUACAUUUUAGGAGGGCAACUUAAGGAAGCUUUUAUUGCCUUCGGCACAGAAAGACAUGCUCAGCUUGCCAUGCGGAGGUCUGGACAACCUCUCAAGAGGUCUACUGUCAAUCUGUACAUUAGCAGCAUGGAAGAACUGGAGCAUAGACUCAAGCUACUUCUGAAGGAGAAGACUAAACCGCUGACUAUCAAGGGAUCCCAGCCACAUCCCCCUGCAGAUUCAGAGAAUGGAACACCCCUGCAUGACCAUGUGGCACAGCCUGGUGCUGCUUCUUCGCAGCUUGCUGAACUUGAUGAUCCGGAUCCUCCAAUGAUUAAUUCUAACAGUCAAUCUAAUCAAACUGCACAACCUCUAGACUCCAGCACAGCUUUUAUUUUGGGAGUUUGUACCGUCCUUCAUGGCAUCCAGGCAUCACAUACUACAGCCCCAAACAUAGACUUUUCUCAAGGUGAAAGGAAAGAUGUUUUUUCUGUGGUGAGGAGAAAACCAGAUACAAGCUCAAAGCCGGGAUACGUCAGGCUUUUUGGUUUGCCAGCUUCAACGACUAAAGAAGAAAUCUGCAUUUUUUUCAAAGGAUUGACUGUGGAGGAAGUCAUAACGAACGUGAAGCUUGGAUGUAAAGUGGGCUGCCUGGUGAAGUUUGCACAAAAGCAAGACGCAUCGGAUGCUCUGUGCUUCAACCAGCGUCCACUAGGAUCUCACUGUGUGGAAGUACGUGCAGCAGAUGAGAAAUUGUGGGCCGCUUUUCUGCAAGAGUGUGAAAAUGCUUGCAAUGUGGAACCUCAGCAACAUUUUUCAAGUCUGAGCAGCCAUUUUCUUAAAAAGGAAACUACUGAUCUCUGCUCUUUUGAAAAGCCAAGAUCUAAUUCAGGGUCAGAAAAUGUUUUGUCUUUACCAAAGGAGCAUAUUGUGAUGGUCAGUAAUCUUCCAAAGACUAUAACCAAGACUGAACUGAAGAACUUUUUCUCUUGUCCAAAUCUUCCACAUAAAAAUGUUCUACAUUUACUUGACCGGAGUCGCAACAUAACUGACACUGCUUUCUUUAUUUUUGAUAGUUUUAAAGACUUUGAAUAUGCCAUAAAUCUUUCUGGCUGUCAUUUUGGCUCGAGGACAAUAAAGGUCUCAACAAUCACCAGAAAAAUGAUGACAGAAAUGAUGGCUGAGACCAACCCUAAGAAUAAAAGACCUGCUCCGAUAGAAAAGAGACCCAACAAGAGGAAGUUCUGGCCAGAUGAGGGAGAGGUGUCGAAAGUCCACCAGAGCCAAGCAGCCCGGCUUUGCUUGUUUGUGAGAAACAUGCCUGCAGGUGUACAGAAAAGUCAAAUCAAGGCCUUCUUCAGCAAACAUAACUUUGAGGUGAAGGAUAUCAGACUGGUGUGUGGCGAGGAUGGUAAAAGCAUCGGAGAAGCUGUUCUGAAGCUUGAAUCAGAAAAGAUUGCCAUGCUCGCCCAGCAGCUCAAUGGAGAGGAUUUUCUGGGAGAAAAGUUGCUCCUUACUUGCAUAAGCGUAAAGCAAAUGGAGGACAUUGUGCCGAAAAUCUGAGAGUCCAAAAUAUUCAAGAUCUUAGCUAAAUCUUGUGUAGAUAAACGUAUUUGGUUGAGUUAUUUUCAUUAGUUUUCAGGGCUGCACGGUGGCGCAGUGGUUAGCGCUUUUGCCACACAGCAAGAAGGCCCCGGUUCAAUUCCCGGCUGGGGGAUUUGAAACCGAAACACCAACUGGGGAACUUUCUGUGUGGAGUUUGCAUGUUCUCCCCAGGGACUCCGGCUUCCUCCCACCGUCCAAAAACAUGCUUCAUAUGUUUAUUGGUGACUAGAUAUAAAUGUGAGAGUGAAUAGCUGUGUGAUUGAGGCCCUGCGAUUCACUGGCGACCUCUCCAGGGUGAACCCCGCCUUCGCCCAUCAGUAGCCGGGAUAGACUCCGGCACCCCCGCAACCCCACAAGGGACAAAGCAGCCAAGAAAAUGAAUGAAUGAAUUUUCAUUAGUGAUCAUUUACUCUUGUUGAUUUUCAGAAUCAUUUCAAAUAGUUUUAAUUAGUGUGGUUGUACAAUUUCAUUUUGGACUGUUGGAACAAGGACUGUUAAACAAGCCAAAUCUGACCAAUUAAAAAAAAAGUGGAAAUGCUUAAUGUAAACAUAACCUACAAGAAGAGAAAGUGUUCUGUAAGUCCUACUUCUUGUUUACCACUUGUGUUCUGUUGCUUUUUGUAAUAAAAGCCUUAAAAGUUUAAAGGUGUUUUCAAAUUUUAUUAGGUAAAACAAUUGCCAAAUAAUCAAAAGAUCAACUCAAAGUCACAUCAGCAAUAAGUUGCCUCUAAAAAUAAUCUUAUUUUUCCUCCCAGAUAGAAAGAAAUGGUAAAAAGCAACAAAAAGAGCCCAACAAAAUGUAUAUAAAAAAAACAAAUAAUCCAAAAAGUAUUCAAUUGUGGGUUGAAGUGACAGGAAGAAACCAGGAAGCCAUCUUUUGCUCAUUUGUAGUACCUUGGAGGACCAUCAGAAUACCUGGAUGGACCUGAAACAAGACAGAAAUGUGAAAUUACACAACUUCAAAUGCAUUUUCACUCUUGAAACUUUGCCAAAGUUGAACAAUAUUCCUGUAAAUACUUUAAUUUUCUCUACCAGUUUCUGUAUUUGCUAUGUUAUACAUUUCUUAUGUGGAACAAAUAAAUCUCUAUGCAAGCCA